AUGGAGGCGUCCAUGGCGCUGUGCACCAGCACGUGGCUGCCGGCCAACGGCAUCCUCUCACUGGACGGCCAGUCGGACGACGCCAUCCUGACGCUGGACAACGACGCCCUGUUCCAGGCGCCCUGCCCGACGGCCACGAUCCCGAGCGUCUCUGUCGCCAUCAGCGACCCGGAGACCACCAGCAGCGGAGGCUCGAGUCUAGACCUGCAGGACCUGGGCGAUGGCGAUCCGGACGACAGCCCGCACUUUUCCGACUUUCGAGACCCCUUUUACGCCUCGAGCUUUCCCAUCUGCUACGCCCUGGCGGCUACCACCGUUACCGCCUACAUGCUCGUUAUUAUGCUUUUUAUCACGCCACGGUCCUUUUUCGACAGCGGCGUUGUCUAUCUUGGUCGCCCCAACAGCUUCACCAACAGCUCCUCGGGAGGUGUGAACAUUGGUGGGCGGCCGUGGCUACAGAAACUAGCCGCCUUGACGGUCGCGAUAUCUCUCACGAUUGCCACGGCGGACACAUUCCGAAUCGCAAAAAUCCAGUAUAUAUGGGGAGUGCAGAACGCAAAGGUACUUCAGAACGAGGUCAUGGGGAGCACCGAGCUCAAGGCCAUCCGUAUCGUGUCCGACACGUUUCUCUGGCUCGCCCAGGCGCAGACGCUGAUCCGCCUGUUUCCGCGCCAUCGCGAGAAAAUCAUCAUCAUGUGGGCUGCUUUCUUUCUCAUCAGCCUCGAUGUCAUCUUUAGCGCCCUCAACAGCUUUCUGUACUCUGAUCCGGACAGCAUUGGGAAUUCCAUGCCCAAGAGUUUUGCUCAUCCCAUCCCAGCGCUGAGUUACCUAUUCCAGCUGGCGCUGGGGGUGCUAUACGCCGCGUGGGUUGUUUACUACGCAAUUAUGAAGAAAAGAUAUGCCUUCUAUCAUCCCCUGAUGAAGAACAUGGUUUUGGUAGCCAGCAUUUCUCUGGGCGCCAUCUUAAUACCAGUUGUCUUUUUUAUACUCGAUAUUUCGAAGCCAGAGUUUACUGGCUGGGGUGAUUAUGUGCGGUGGGUUGGUGCGGCGGCAGCCAGUGUGGUGGUGUGGGAGUGGGUGGAACGAAUUGAAGCACUGGAGCGUGAAGAGAAAAAGGACGGAAUACUUGGAAGGGAGGUGUUUGAUGGAGACGACACGCUAGAAGUAAACGCAGCAGAACUCCCUUGGUCACGAAAGCGAAAGGGAUACAAGGUGGAAGGUGGUGGAGGUGAUGGCAGAGGAGUGAUGGUUACGGAGAGGGAGCAAAGACCUCGAGAAGGCAACGGCUGGCCCGGUGUACCAGUUAUGAGCGGCCGAAAUCGUGAAAGAGAGCGCGGCAAUGGACACGGCCGCGAUGACGACGAAACUGGCGGCGGGACAGCGGGAGAGAGGACAUCAGGACACAUCUUGAGACCGCCAGUGUGGCUCACGCGACCUGCCCCAGCCGUAACACAAGCCAGCAGAACAGACACCACCAGUGCCGCCAGCAGCACCGUUUACGCCGUGAGAUACCAGGGAGGCUCCGAUGCCCUGGCGAGAGCAGCCGAUCUGGCGAGAGCGACUCAGAUUCGACGCACGACGGAAUUUUCGAGGCCCGAAAAUCACCCCCAGAGUCGCCAUCCUGCUGUGGACGAUGGGGUUUCGACAAGCCAGUCGCCUACAUCCAUCUCUCCAGGGGACUCUCCAUCCGUUCACAUUGCGAUACGGGAGCCGGAGAGGUCGAUGGAUUUAGAGGCGAAUUCUAGCUCGGGCGGCGGUCGUUGGCAGUCGUUGCUGCGUCGUGGAAACGGGAGCCAAGUUCCUUCGCCACUGCAAUCGCCUAGAGGACUAUCAGAUGCCCGGUCAACCUUUACGACAAGAGCCCGAAUCGAUACCAACCGAUGGGAUAUCCGGAGCAGGCUGGAAGAGUUUGCCGUGAGCCAAGCUGACAGGAUUCGAGAAAGGUUCCGGCCCACGACGGACACGGACAACCUCCCCGUAACGGUGAUACCGGCGCCAGCUCGACGAGGCGCGGCGCUGCAGCAAGUUCUAGAGGAAGAAGGCGAGGAACUAAGCAGCUCGGCGGCAUCGGCCAUACGGCGAGCGCGGGGAUCCAGCAGUAGUAGCUCUUCCGAGGAGGUGUACGAAGUCAGGGGCCGGAAUAACAUGGCGCCCAACGCGUACUCGAGAACGACGGCUUCAGCGCACGAGAGGCCCAUACCGCCAAAUAAUCCGCCGCUGUGGCCGGGGGUGCGCAAUCGACAUCUCUAUGACGACGACGAUUACUCGUAUGACGAUACUGUAACGGAAACUUCGUCUGUGAUUUCGCAGGAGCACGAGCAUGCACAUGGACACGAGCGGGAUCGAGAACGAGAACGAGAAUCUGAACCAGAUACUGGGCAAGAUGACGGACGCACGAUACCGCCUGGCGGACCCGGUGCCUCAUAG